AUGCGUCAACCAGCAAAACAACAACACAACACCUGCUGCAACACCAAAUUUGAUAUCCACAACAACACCCAAACAGAAGAAGGGGAACAGUCAGAAACAAUAGAAGAUGAGAACGACAAAUUCGACAUAAUUGACUAUGCAAAUCUGGUUGCUGAAGAAAUGGUAGAAAAACUUGAAAACACCAGUAAAAAACUGGAUCCAGAAAUCGACAUCAACAAUGCAAAGUUAAUAACAGACAAACAUCACCCCGAAGUGGAAAAAGGACAGGCAUACAAAGAUAAGGAAACUCUAAAGAAUGUCCUCAGCUACUACGCAAUCAAAAACAACUUUCAGUACAAAGUGUGGAAGUCCUGCUCUCAAGAGUACAGUCUGAAAUGUGUUUACGAAAGCUGCAAUUGGUCACUACGAGCAUCGAGAAAUGGCCCAACAAACACAUUCAUAAUCAGGAGGUUCUCAAAUAUCCACACAUGCCCCAUAAAUAUUAGGCAUGAAGACCAAAGGCAAACAACAUCGAAACUGAUAGGGGAAUGCAUAAAACCGAAGUUCUUGAACAUAAAGACAAAGACAACACCGAUGGACAUAAAAAGGGAGUUGAAAUACAGGUAUGGCAUCAAAAUGAACUAUAUGAAAGCUUGGAGAAGUAAGAAACAUGCAGUAAAUGACUUGAGAGGGUGGGGAGCAUGGAGACCGAUGUUCCUCAAAGCAACUUAUGGGGGAACUUUGUUGUGCGCAUGCACACAAGAUGCAGCAGGUCAUAUUUUUCCACUAGCGUUUUGUGUUGCAGAUUCUGAGAAUGACCAAUCUUGGAAAUGGUUCUUCAAAAUAUUUAAAGAAGCGUAUGGGGUCCGGGAACACCAAUGCCUAAUUUCAGACAGGAAUGAAAGCCUCAUCAAAGCAGCAAGAGAAAUCUAUCCAGAAAUUACACACAGUUACUGCGGUUACCACAUUUUGAGCAACCUUAAAACAAGCUUCAAACAACAUGCUGCCAAAUACAAUCUGCCAUUCUUUGGAGCAGUCAAAGCCUACACAGAAAAGCAAUUCGAGUUCCACAUGGCUGAAUUGGAUGGAUUGGACAAACGCAUAAGACCUUACCUAAAAAAAGUCGAUUAUGAAAAGUGGUCAAGAAUUCAUAGCCAAAACAAGAGGUAUUCUACAAUGACCUCAAACAUAUCAGAAUCACUGAACGCCGCAAAUUUGGCAGCAAGGGAGCUACCAAUUACAACGCUGCUAGAAUGCUUGAGAGCAUUGGUGCAACAAUGGACGCAUACUAAUAGGACAAAAGCACACAACACCUUCACUAAGCUAUCACCAACUGGAGAAGACAUACUGCUGAAAAAUUACACAUACUCAUUGAAUCUGGAGGUUAAAGCAACAACAGAUUACUUGUUUGAGGUAACAAGAAUGAAAGAAUCGUGGGAAGUAGACCUAGAAAAAAGAACAUGCACGUGCAACAGGUUCCAAAUAGAUGAAAUGCCAUGCGGGCACGCUGUGGCCGUGAUGAGGGAGAUGAACAUGGACCCGUACACCUACUGUUCAGAUUACUACACACAAAAAAAAUUGGCUGGCAACUUAUUCAGGGACAGUUUACCCAAUAGGAUACCAAAGUGAGUGGGAGGUACCGGAAGAAGUGAAGAAUAUU